AUGGAACCAAAACAGUUCAUAGAAAUAAUCAUGAUUGGUUUAUUAUGAUUUUUAGGAACUUUAUUCAAAAACAGAAGAACUAUAUUGUAACUUUUUUAUGAGGACCUGAUGAGGACUUGUCAAUUUCGAACUAAGGUUAAUAGUUUAGGUUGACAUAUUGUUCGACAAUUUGUUCAUUUGAUUUUUGUAGUUUGUCAAUCAGAUUUCCUCUUAAGCCAUGAAAUUAAACUAAAAAGGACAAAUUUUCAGAGUUGUUGUCUCAACCUCUCAACGUUUUCAUUCAACGAUAAUUGUUUUAGUAGUUUUCUUGAGUCUCCAGACACAAGACUAACGAGAAGAAUGAAAAUGGAUGUGCAAACUCCGGUAAAAGACCUUCGUCCAGGAUCCAAAAAUCUAAACAUGGUCCUGAUAACAUUGGAUAUUGGAAAACCAAGCACAACUAAGGAUGGUCAUGAAAUUAGGACAAUCCGAGUAGCAGAUAAGACUGGUUGUAUUAAUCUAUCAAUUUGGGAUAAGCCUGGAACUCUUUUGGAAUCUGGUGACAUUAUUCGACUUAAUAAGGCAUAUGCAUCUCUAUUCAAAAACAGCCUCACUUUAUAUAUUGGGAAGGGAGGCGAGAUUCACAAAGUAGGCGAUUUUUGUCUGGUAUUUUCCGAAACUCCGAAUAUGAGUGAGGAGUCCUUCCCACCACCCUUAAGUGGCGGAGGCGGACAGUCGUCGUCUUCUGGCGGAAGUGGUGCCCCUAAAAGACCUUUCAAACCCUCAUCGAACAAAUAACAGAUUAGUAUAUAUUGAUACCAAUUAACCAUGAAUAUUAAAGUCAUUCAUGCUGAGAAUGAGUGUUUUUACAUUUAUAAUAAUUUCAUCUGCAGUAAAGUUAUGUAUGUGUAAAAAUAAUAUA